AUGCCACCACCGCCUCCACCACCACCACCACCACCACCACCGCCACCACCACCACCUUCCUCAGCACCACCAACAACAGGUGGCGCCGAUCGAUCAGGCCUUCUAAAUGAAAUUGGUGGUUUCAACAAAGGUGGUCUGAAAAAAGCCGUGACUAAUGAUCGAAGUGCUCCAAUUGUUGGAAAUUCCACCAAUAAUAACAAUACAGCCAAUAGAACCAAUACUCCUGUUUCUGUAUCAAGUUCAGCUGCAAAUCGAUCAAAUGCAAAUGAAAGACCCAAUACUGCUCCUGUAGCCGGUCCAUUCAGUAUCACAGCAGAUCUACUUAAUAGGCCUCUAAAAUCAACCGGUGGUAGUAGUGGAUUGACAGUUAAACCUUUAAAAACUGAAAAACCACUGAUUCCACAAUUUGUUCCUCCUGUCAUUCCGCAAUCAUCGCCACCAGUGAAACCAACAAAUGUCAAAUCAUUUCAUCCAACAACAACUUCUGCUUCGCCGCCUUCGUCUCCUCCUCCUCCUCCUCCACCUCCCCCACCACCUCCACCACCACCCCAAAUACCACAACCAGUUGUCCAACCGUCUCAAUCACCAAUAAUGUCAUCUGAUGUAUCUCGAACUGGAACUGAUGGAGGAGCUUCAACAAGACAUUUCACUCAUCAUUCUCCAUCAACUCAAGCAACUCAACAACCACCGAAGCUUCCUCCCCGGCAACCUCCCCCACCACCACCAUCGCAACCAUCGUCAUUCACGUCGACACCAAUAUUAUCUAAUGAAAACAAGUUGAAGACUGUACAACAGCCGCAAAAAUUUUCAUCUUCAACAGGUAAUCAGCCAAAUGUUACACGGGUACCACUACCACCACCACCACCACCGCCUCCUCCACCUUCGAAUUCAUCUACUAUUUCAAAUAACAAUGGCCAUACGCCACCUGUAACACUGAAUCCAGAACAUGUUGCGAAAUUCAACAUGAUGAUGAAUCAAAACGGCCCUUCUUCCUCCAGUCCAUCUCCACCACCACUACCUCCACCUAGAGGUAUGGCCCCAAAUAAUUCUGGAGGUACAACACGUCGAGCGCCAGGAGUAUCCGACUUCGUUGAUAAUACACCUGCUGAGCGUCGUUUUGAUCAAUGGAAUACAGCAGCACUUGAUUAUGAUCGUGAUUUCGAACAUCGUUUUCGAUUUACUCCAAUUGAACAUCUUCCACCGCCUGGACUUUGGAAGCAACCAUCAUCAACUAAAUCAUCGAAAACUUCAAAUGUUAACUAA